AAAGCAACGAACAGAAUUUUGAAAGUUUUUUAAACGAUACGGUAACGUCUUACUCAGCACUUUAUCAGCCGAUUCAGCGACAAUCGGUCGCCAUUUUAGCAAAUUAAUUUUUUCUUAAAAGUCGGUGAAGUAGACAACGUCGCAGAAAUAGUGUUACGUGAAAAUAAGUGAUUUAAAAUAAAUUUAAAGUUAAUUAUUAACAAUAAAAUAGUGCUGAUUGUAUAAUAAAGUGACUUCAAGUAAAAUUGAAGGUAUUCACUUAAAAUGGAAAUGUCUGUGAAAACUAAAGCAGAAAAUGAAGCACGUGUGGCAGAGGAAUAUCUAUCCAGCUUGUCUGAUCUGACAUGCAACAGUAAACCAUUGAUAAACAUGCUAACAAUGCUAGCCGAGGAAAACAUUGGAUGCGCAUCGGUCAUAGUUAAAGUGGUGGAGCAACACAUCGCCAAGGUACCGCCAGAUAUAAAGUUGCCUUUGCUAUAUUUAAUAGAUUCUAUCGUGAAAAAUGUUAAAAGCACAUAUAUUCAUCUCUUCAGUCAAUGUAUUGUGAACAUAUUUUGCGAUGUAUUCGAAAAGGUUAACGAAAAAAUACGUGAACGUAUGUACGCAUUACGCUUAACGUGGAAUGAGGUUUUCCCAUCACAAAAACUCUUCGCAUUGGAUGUGAAGGUGAAGCGGAUUGACAAUAAUUGGCCGAUUACAGCAAAACAAGUACCACCGUCUAUACACGUAAAUCCAAAUUUUCUUAAACCCAAUUAUGAUCUCAAAGUACAAGGCGAUGUUGAGGAAAUACUACAAGCUAAAACACGCGAAUUAUUGGAAUUGAAAAAGCGUAAACUUGAAUUAGAAUUGGAAGCGACCAAAAAAAGUUUGGAAGAACAAGAUAAACAGCUGUCAAAAGUAACCAAUGGGCUCAUGCCACCCGAAGCGGCGACUGCACGCAUGCCCGGUGUGUCAGCGCCAAUACAAAUGCCAACUGGCGUAAUGGCACCGGGUUUGAUGUCACAACACCACAUGCAUCCACGCGCCACACAUCCGGCGAUUGUUGGGGGGAAUGCGGUGCCGCCAGCAGCACUUUUCCAUACAAAUUUUAACCAAACCAGACCACAACAGCCGCAUGUACCAGUUGGUAUGAUGUCAAUGCCGCCACAGAAUUUUCCACCAGCCGCUAUGGGCAACAAACCCAAAGUGCAUCCUGUAAAUCCCGCACUGUUGAACACUAUUCGACACCGUGAUCCACGUUUGGCGCGUCAACAGCAAAUACAAGAUGCGACGCCAACAAUGCGUGGCUCAUCAAAGUCAUCAACAUUGCGUGGCGUCGACGAUACACAUAAGGCUGACACAAAGUCAUCUUCAUCGUCGUCUUCAUACCGCAAUGGUAGCAGUAGUAAAAGCAGUCGCAGUGAAUCGGCUGGUGGUAAUGCGAGUUCAGAAAGCCGACGUAAAGGCAGCUCAUCACGCGAAAAGGAUAGAGAUAAAGAACGCAAGCGUAGCGAAUCGAAGAGUUCCACAUCGUCUGGUAGUUCGUGUUCUUCGGAACGACAAAAAGGCAACUCAACUGGAAAUACGGGUAGUCGCAGCAGCAGCAGUAAAAAGUCAACGAAUAGCAAAUGUGAUAAAGACGCUUUUGAAAUUGCGCCACUUUCUACUGCAUUCAAGCGUAAAUCCUCAACUACAUCAUUAUCCGGCAACGAUACAACAGCGUCCUCAAGGAAAAAAGAGCUUAAACGCAAAACACACAGUACACAUACGUCAACAACCAGUAAACAACGUUCACGUAGCCGUUCGCCAAUCGAUAAAGCUACAACACAGAGCGCUUUCACGGAUCGCGAUGAUAGACAAGUAUUUGCAACAAAGAAACAAUCAAAAUCGAGCAUUGCUGUUGCCGAGCACGAGGAGGAGCUGAAAAAUGCCGCCGCAUUAAAAGUAGAAAACAAAAACAAAUCUACAGCGCAACAACCGACGACCACUGUUGCACUUGACUCAGACGACGAGUUGUCAACAGCAGCAACAACAGUAGCAGCAGCAGCAACAACAGGAGCGGCCAACGUAACGAAAGGCAAAGAUGGCAACACAGCAGUAACAACAUUGUUGAAAAAUGAAACUUCUACUAAGUAUAAAGUUGAUAAAAUUGAGGAUGAUGAUGAUAAUGGUGGUGGUAGUGGUGGCGGUGUUGGUCUUGUUAGUGCUGGCGUUAGUGUUAAUGCUAAACGUCACAGCAGCAUUGACACUACGGAACAGCAACUAAGCAAGUAUAAUGCGGAGCCAUUGUCGUCGACGGAUGCAAUGGAAAUCGAUAGAGCAGAUGGCGAUGAGAAGAAGCGUGCCUCCACAUCAAAUACGGACCUUGAAGAACCAUUGGCCAAGAAGCUGAAACAAGCUAAAUUCGAUGCCUUAUUUGGUGACGAAGAUGUAGAUUUGCGUACUUGUAUACCGCCACAGAUUUUAGCAGUGCAACAGCUGCAACAAAAAUCACAACGCGAUAGUGAGUCGCCAACACCACCGCCUCCGCCAUUUAUAACCGACGAACAGAAUGCGGAGAGUUGGAAUAACUUGAAGACUUCAAAAAAUACAAACGUAACAUCACCUACGAAGAAAGCAUCAACCUUGGAUGACGUGCGUGCCAAAUUGGCAAAAGCAACGAAAUACAGCAAAUUUAAUAAAUCAGAAAAGUCCAGUAAAGACAUUACGCAGCGUGUUAAACUUUCGGAAGUACAAUUGAACGAUGAUUCACAGGAUGCCAACGACGAGAAAAUACGUACAAUUGUAGCACAGGCACAGGAGCUGCUCGAAGCAAACUCCAUCAAUCAGGAUCAAUAUAAGAAUCUCAUGCAGAAAGUGAUGUCCAUAAAUGAGACGAGCAAAUUGAAGGAGGCAAAGAAACGCGAAUCACUUGGAGGCAGUGCUACAACGAAAUCGAAGCAAAUUGAAGAGGACGAAGAGAGUUUGGAGGAACAACGCGCCGCCGCGGCACGUGAAGCUGUACUGAAGAAACGUAUUCCGAAAUUACGUAGGCCGUCAGCCAAUACAGGAGAUAAUAAUGCCAACAGUGCCAUUCCCGUCAGUGAACUGGGCACAAGUAAUACUGCUGCAACACGUUCGCCCAUUUACGACGAUCGUAGCAAUGACAAUAGCGAUGCAAUGGGUACUUUACAACGCGCCAAACCGCAACGUGAAAAACGUUUGAAACCCACUAAAUGGGGUGAGAAAGUGGAUGGCGUCGCAAUCAACGCUAAUAUGACAGGCAAUUCCGGCCAGCCCAAACCAUGGACAAAGGGCGGUAAUAUGAUGCGACCACAUCCUAAUAACAGCGGCUACCGCGGUGGACCGCCACCAAAUAUGCCCAUCAUGCAUCCGCAAAUGCCUUGGCAAAUGCAAAUGCCGCCUGUUGUUGCGCCUGGUGGAGGACCGCCAUUUGUGAAUGCUGGCCCAAUGAUACGUAGUAAUGUGCCACCGCCGCCACAGGCACCAAUGGUGCCGAUUAUACCACUACCACCGAACAUACCGAAACCGUGCAACUCUAUUGAUAAUCCGCAGGCCGAUCUGGUGCGCACAAUUACAAUUGAUGGACUCUCGAAGGAGAUACGCAUUUACGAUCAGGUAGCCAUUGUGUUCAUGGAAUUGGAUCAGCCACGUGAAAUCGGCUUUCAAGCUGGUCAACGUUCAAUCAUCAUUGAUGAUGAGCCACCAAUAGCGUUGCAAUUCAAUGAUGACUAUAAAACCUUCAGCAUUAACGGACAGCCACAUCGUUUGCGUUUCGGUUUUCCAUCACGCGAACUGUACAUUGACGAUCAGUGGUAUGAGAUAUAUUUCGGCGGACCGCCCGUCUCAAUUCCCAUACAAAAUAGAAUACAUAUACUUAAAGCGGAAGGUCCGCCACCACAGGUGAAUAUCGGUGCGUUGCGUCGAGAUUUGGUUGUCGGUAAGAUCAAUAUGAUUGUUGAUGCACACAUCGUUAUACCGUUAUUCCUUGAUGCGAAACCGCAAAGCUUCAAAUUGGGCAAUCAAGAACACACCGUGCAGUUUGCCGACAAUUUAUUGACAGUUUUGCUGGAUGGUGAACCCGCUAAAGUGGAGUAUGGCGGUUUGCCAAAGAGCUACGUCUUGGGCGGUAUAAGUUACUUUAUACGUUUUGGCGCUCUUCCGCAAGGCUUGAAAGCUGGACAAAUCGUAGUUAAAGAUAUGAUUUAUAUUAAAACCGAACCGCCACUACCGGAGCCAAUAGCAACAGUAGCGCCGGCAAUUCCGGCUAUUGGCGAACCGUUACCUGAGAGUGUGAAACUAGAUACUGAUAACAAGACUGAAUUGAAGCAAGAUGCCACUAUUAUGGACACACCGGCUGAUGUUAAUUUGGAGGCGGUCAUCAAAGCACCCGACAGUGUGGAAGCAACGAGUGAAGUCAGUAGUGAACCACAGGUGGUCGGCACAGCUGGCAGUGGCAAUUCGGCUAUACCAAUAUUCUCUGCGACGGCAUUAAAUAAAAUCAAUAUCGAUGAGCUAUUCCAGAAACUAGUCUCCUCUGGCAUAUUGGGUGGUGCGGGUAACGUUAUAGCAUCUAAUAAUAAAGAUGCUGGUAUUUUGCCCUCAGCAGCCGCUCUUGAAGAGGAGCCGCCGCAACCGGUUGCUAUACGCCCUAUAGACUUAACCAAAACGGAAACGAUUAAAACACGCCAACUGGCCAUUGUGGACACAUUAUUCUCUGGCAUGCAAUGCAGCAGUUGUGGUGUACGCUUUCCACCAGAGCAAACCAUCAAAUAUAGUCAGCAUUUAGAUUGGCAUUUCCGACAGAAUCGGCGCGAACGAGACCUAUCACGUAAAGCGCAUUCACGUAAAUGGUAUUAUGACCUAGCCGACUGGGUGCAAUAUGAGGAAAUCGAAGAUUUAGAGGAACGUGAGAAGAACUUCUUUGAAGCGCAACAAAAUGAUGUCGAAGCAUCCGAUGAGACGUCAAAUCAAAAGUGGCUCAAUUCGCCGGUCCCACUUAGUUGUCCGGCCUUACCGGAAGAUGUGGAUCGUGUGUGCGAUAUGUGUCAAGAGAAGUUCGAACAAUUCUAUCACGAGGAAACUGAGGAAUGGCAUUUGCGCAACGCCAUACGUGUGGAAGAUAAAAUAUAUCAUCCGCUGUGCUACGAAGAUUACAAGGCGGCACUAAAUGCUAAAGUUGAGGGAGCAGAGGAGAAGGUGGAAGACAAGGGCGCAGAAGAAGCGAAUGCGGAUGAUGAUGUGAUUAUCAAAAUUGAAGGCGAUGAUCACAGCGAUGUUGAAGGUGUAAAAUCAACUGAUAAUGCAAUGGACGAUGACGACGAUGAUGUUAUCGUAUUGCCUAAUGAAGAGCCCUCUGUCACCGAAAUUGACGAUGACGAUGAAUAUGUACCGGAAAGUGUACCACCCAUCGCAGAUAAAAAUGGCAUUGAUAUUGACACUGAGAAUAACGAGGCCGAAACAGCAUCGAACGCGGACGCAGAUGAAGAUGCUGCUGGCUCAGAUGUGGAAAUACAAGAGCCGCACAUUCCAUUCACAGACCUGGAUACAUAUGUGGAAAAGGAGCAACCAGAUGCCGAUGAAACAUCACAAAUGUCAUUCUUGAAUGUGAAAAUUAAAGAAGAACCAAAAGAUGACGAUGAGGAUGAAGAUGACGGUUUUGAAGAUGUUGGCACUGUGCUUAUAGCACCCGAUGAGGAAAUCUCCAUACAGAGCAGUGAAGAAACACAAACUCAAACAAUUGCAUCGUCAACAUCAGGCAUGUCACCUAGUGCCGAACGACCACCUUCCUCACAAUCUCUUGUGCAAGUCGAUACAACGGAAUUCGCUGAGGGCACUAGUACAAAUGCAGUAUCCGCAACGCCGAUUGACUUGAAUACCUCUAUUGAUGGCAAUGGCGAUGGCGAAGACGAACAUAAUUUAUCCACUGUUGGUCCAUCACCUGCGAUACCAUUGGCUAGCUUAGUUAAUAAAAUUAAAAUAAAUAUAGCUAAGAGUAGUAUAACAGCAAAUAAUAGUAGUACUAGUAAUAAUAGCAAUAGUAAUAAUGGUGGUAGCGUCUCAGGCGUGACAGGCACAACGGCAGCCGGCAAUUUGCUGAGUAGCCCCAGCAAAGGCUCAACUGCGUCUGAUGCGCAUACAUCAGGCGGCGAUGAUAAUAGUGACAACAAUACUGACGCUGGUGAAAUUACAACACAAUAUAGCCAAGUAUCGGCCAUAAGUGUUGUGUCCACAAUACCAGUACUAUGUGGCGGCGGUACGACCGGCAUACGUACCACUACACUAGCGCCGGUGGUGUCGAGCAGCAGCAGCAGCAGUAGCAGUAUAAAGAAUAUAGCUGCCAAUGAGGAGUCCAAUGUAAGUACGAUAUCUGUCAUUGGCAGCUAUGGCAGUACAUCAACAGCGCCACGUUAUUUCCCCCCAUCCACUACUACUACCAGCACAGUUGUGCCGACUGUGGCGAAGCGACAAACAGCAGCACCACCGAAAGCGUCAACGCCACCGCCGCCACAAGAGGAAACGUUAACGUACGAAUUGAAACCGGCUUUGCAGAAUGUCAAGCUGACGAAAACGAAAAAAGUGCAAUGCGGCAUUGAGACGUCUGGGCUCUGUUCAAUUAUGUAAACAAUUCCGGACUAGUGCUUAGAAACUUAAAUGCCCGCAACGGUUUAAUAUAGAUCUUGCAACUUAUCAACCGUUUUGAAAUAUCGUUAUUUCACAAAUUGGACUGUGAAUGAGCAAUUCUACGCUAUUGUACAUAUGCAAAUACAUAUACAUGUAUAUAUAUAUAUAUAUAUAGCAUACAUGUGUACAAGUGAAUAUGCGUGCGCAUACAUAUGUGUAUUAUGUUAUAUGAAUUUGUGGAAAUUACAUACCAACGUUGAUGGAUUUUGUUAUUUUAGUAUGAAACAUUUUUAAACAACAACAAAAACAUUAGUGUUUUUAGUUUAAAAUUUUUUACCCUAAUUUUAGAAUUUUUUUGAUGAAACACUUAAUUUUAUUGAAUUCGGAGUACUUUUUGUUGUUGGUGCGCUUGCGCAUAGGAGUGUGUGUGUGCGUGCGUGUACAUAUAAGCGUUUGACUUGAGGUCACAGUGCGUUUAUACACUUUUAAAUACAGCUUAAAUAGACGCACUCGGUCAAACAUUACUCUAUAUAAAAGCCAAUCAGCAAUUGAGCAAUUGCAUUAUCACUGCGACAUAUUUGAAGUAUUUAUAUACCAAUAAACAGAAAAAUAAAGAACACUUUGUUAUUACUUAUUUACCUUUUCACAUAUGAUUUGUAAAAUUUUCUUCAUGAAUAAUAAAUAUAAAUAAUAAACUGCA